AUGGAAAAUCACAAAGCUUUGAUUCGUUUCUUGGCUUGGCUGCUUGUUGCUGAUGCUCCUUUUCCUUUCCUUUGUUUCGCGAGGAUACGACCAGACUUUAGGGGUGGUGGCAGUGCUGGCGGAGGCGAGCAAUGGGACGACGGCCGUAAUGUCGAGUACCUCUGUUUGGCUGAGCUCUUCGGCUUCUUCAUUGUUGCUGGUGAUGAAUGA